CCCUCCCCCGGACCCGGCUGACCUCAGACCCUGCCCUGGCCGCGUGGAGUCCCCGGCGGGAGGCGUGCUGGGGGCGGGCGCCCGCGACCCGGAAGCGGGGACGAACACGGGGCGCCCGGGAGAUGGCGGCGGCGGCGGCUGUGAGCAGCGCCAAGCGGAGCCUGCGGGCCGAGCUGAAGCAGCGUCUGCGGGCGAUGAGCGCCGAGGAGCGGCUGCGCCAGUCCCGCCUCCUGGCCCAGGAGGUGAUGGCCCACAGUCAGUAUCAGAAGUCCAAGAGAAUUUCCAUCUUCCUGAGCAUGCCGGACGAGAUCGAGACAGAGGAGAUCAUCAAGGACAUUUUCCGGCGAGGCAAAACCUGCUUCAUCCCGCGGUACCGGUUCCAGAGCAAUCACAUGGAUAUGGUAAGGUUGGCCUCGCCCGAGGAAAUCUCCGCGCUUCCCAAAACGUCCUGGAACAUUCAUCAGCCCAGAGAAGACGAGGUUCGGGAGGAAGCCUUGUCGACAGGGGGCCUCGAUCUCAUCUUCGUGCCGGGUCUCGGCUUCGACGAGCACGGGAACCGCCUGGGGAGAGGCAGGGGCUACUAUGACGCGUACCUGAAGCGCUGUCUGCGGGAGCAGGACGUGGGGCCCUACACCAUGGCCUUGGCCUUCCGGGAGCAGAUCUGCCUGCAGGUCCCCGUGGACGAGAAUGACAUGAAGGUGGACGAAGUCCUGUACGAGAGCCGUCCCCCUAAACCCUGACGCCCGCGGCCCCGGCUGUGUCCCAGACCACCUGCUUUCCAGUGUCGCUGAUGCUAAACCACCUUCCCAAACCGGGCAGGACGUGAAUAAAAACGCAGGCGAUGACAGCGUGAUCUGCAGCCUGUCUUGCUGGUUGGCGACGUGUCAGGAAGUCUCUGCAGCGUUUGGGGAGGCGCUGUGGUCCCAACCGAGGGUGAGGGCCGGGGAUCUCGCCCCAUGGGGACACGGUCUCAGCGCGUCCUGUCCUGGGCCUGCUCAGUCUUGGACAGGCUGGGCAGGCUCAGCGACUGUUCACUGACCUGUCCGUGUGUGCACAGUUUUCCCGGAAUAUUCUAGCACUUCGUCGUGACUUCAUUUGCUCCCCCUGUGAGUCCAUGUCUGUGUAGCUCUUGACAGUCUAGACCAAGACCUUUUCGGAUUUAAAUGCUUUACUUCCA